AUGCUGCCGGUGCCUUCCACGGCCUACCGGUCGAAACCGCGAGGCUCCCAGUCCUACUUUGUCUCGGGACCCUCGACGCUCCCGAGCUCCGUCUUUGAACGUCUACGGACUCGGGCGAGGCUCACGAACCUCGCCGUCGGCCUGAUACUAUCGGCACUGGGUUUCUCUGUCAUCCUCAAUCUGCGGCACUGGUCGGAGGCGAGCGGACGGUCAGGCUUGUCAACAUCGCUAGACCCGAACGGGCGGUUCAGCUCGUCCAGGAAACCUACAUCAAUAGGGAGUAUAGAGAACACGAUCGAAAGGACGGAAGAGAUGGCAGGGUUGACGCAUCUCGUCAUGGUCGCUGGACAUGCCAUCUGGAAGGGCUCGGAUCCUAGUGCCAGAGCGAACGACUCGGACUGGGUGUUGACGCCUAUACAGCGAGGAGGGAGCGUACGGACGUUCUUUAAGCAUAUCGAAGCUGGCGUUAAUGAAGCUAUGGACGAUCCGAAUAGCUUAUUGAUUUUCUCAGGCGGCCAGACCCGUCUAGACACCCCACCCACAACGGAAUCCCAAUCAUACCUCCGCCUGGCCAUCGCAUCUUCCCUCCUGCCACCUCUUUCCGAGUUCCCGAGGGCGACCACGGAAGAGUACGCGCUGGAUUCGUUGACGAACUUGAUGUUCUCCUACGCGCGGUUUCACGAGGUUACGGGGAAUUGGCCCAGAAGGGUGACGGUGGUGGGGUAUGAGAUGAAACGACCAAGGUUCGAAAAGCUGCAUCGAGCGGCAAUGAGAAUCCCAGGCCAAGAUUUCAAGUAUAUUGGGAUCGACGACGAGGGCGAUACAUCAGCUUCGUACGAGGGCGAGUCGACCUACGGCUAUCAACCAUUCUCUGAAGACCUCUACGGCUGUUUCCCACCUCUUUCACUGAAAAAGACCUCCCGAAACCCGUUUGCACGGUAUCAUCCUUACCACACCUCGAGCCCGGAGAUUGCAGGCCUACUAGAAUGGUGUCCUGUGCACAAGGCUCAUGCACAAGGGCCGGAAGGCCAGAAGGGCGGAGGGGUGUACCCGCAUGUCUUGCCCUGGAAGACGACGGAGCCCGCGGAGAGCUCUUGGAGUAGAGAACAAGAUUGA